UUGGACUGACUUUUUUUUUAUUAAAGAUUUUAUAGAUUUUUACAGAUUUGACAUGACUUUUUUUAUUGAUUUAGGUGGAUUUCUAAACUCGGGUAGAUUUCUAAACUCGCUUGCCCUGUCUCCAUCCACCACGGUUCCAACCAAGGAACCACAAACUCGAAUCUCCGAGAUGGCAAAAGUAUCAGAAGUAAACAAAACCUUCAAAAUCAUCCCAAAGAAACUAAAAGGGAAGAGAGUCAAUAGAUUGGCGACAGAGCGCUCUGUAGGUUUUAUGGCGGCCACACAUGGCUUUCUUCACGUUCAAAAUUUCGCAACAAGCUAAGCUUCACGUCUCUCCCUUCUGCUACCCUAAGUACCCAUCGCCUCUAAACCAUUUGAAGAUCUGCUCCCUGUUUUUCCAUUCAACCAUACCCCCAACGAAACCCCAACCGCUUGCUUCUUUGGGAAAAGACCAAGAAAUCUCCAAAAUCACAAGGCGUAGCUCAAAUCACAGCGAAAAUGGCUCUGGGUUUUCCUUUUUAUAUCAUAAAACCAACAGGGUCACCUCACGAGAAAGGACUGGGUUAGAUCCAAUAAAGAGAAGGGAAUCGAGCUCUGGGGUUCCUGGUGUUAAAUCCAAUAAUGGGCCUGGGAAAAAUGGCGAGAGGUGUAAGGAGAAGGCAACGGGCAAUAGCGGAAGAGUAUUUAGAAAAAGUAAGGUCCUUUCGCUGGAUAAUAAGUUUAAGGUAGGUUUGGGAAUGUGCUCGAAAAGAGGGGAUGUUUUAUGUGCAAUUAGGAUGUAUGAGUUGGCUAGGAAGGAAGGAGUGAAAAUGGAUCAGUACCAUUAUUCUGUGCUGCUUUAUCUUUGCUCUUCUGCUGCUGCUGGCAUUCUGCAGCCUGAAAAAAGUGGGAGUGGAUGUAGGAGUUUGAUUUCCCCAGAUACCAAGGAGGUUUGCUUUGGUGGGUUUGAAGAUACGAAUGAACAUUCUAUAAUGGAAGAUAGAAAACGUGAUGGAGAAGAUAAUGGUUUGGUAUCAGUGUUAGAUAAAACUACGAAGAAUCGAUUCAGGGGAAAUGGGUUUCCAUCUGAAGUAGCAGUACCCAAUCCUGAUGCUACUUUAGAUGAAUUGAGUCAGGCGAUGCUGAAUACUUCCAGACGUUUUUCGGAAGCCAAAGACGAGAGGGUUCAUAAGGAAGUGCAUAUGAUUCAAGUAAGCCAAGAAGUCAAGAGGUUUGCACUUGAAAAGGGUUUUGAAAUAUUUCAGUCAUUGCGAUCCGAAAAUGUUUUGAUGAAUGAGGCUAUGUUAACAUCUGCUGCUAGACUGGCAAUGUCUGUGGGUGAUGGGGAUAUGGCAUUUGGUCUGGUGAAGCAAAUGAAGGAAUCUGGGGCUACCCCGAGACUACGGUCAUAUGGCCCCGCUCUUCAUUGUUUCUGCAAUAGGGGUGAUGUUGAGAAAGCAUUCAUGGUGGAAGCUCAUAUGCUUGAGAAUGGGGUUUUCCCAGAGGAGCCUGAACUAGAAGCACUGCUGAAAGCAAGUGUUGAUGCUGAAAAUAGUGAUAAAAUCUACUAUGUGUUGCAUAAACUUAGGACUAAUGUUCGUCAGGUUUCUCCUUCCACUGCACAUCUGAUUGAGAAAUGGUUUCUCAGCAAUUCUGCUUCAAGAGUGGGGAAUGGCAAAUGGGAUCAAAAGUUAAUUAGGAGAGAAAUUGAAAAUGGAGGUGGAGGGUGGCAUGGACAGGGCUGGUUGGGAAAGGGUGAAUGGGUUGUGUCACAAACAUCUGUGGGGUCUGAUGGUUUCUGUAAAUGUUGUGGUGAACGAUUAGCCACCAUUGAUCUUGAUCCCGAAGAAACCCAGAAUUUUGCCCGAUCAGUUGCAUCUUUAGCUGCACAAAGAGAAAAGAAGUCAAAUUUCCAGAUAUUUCAAAAAUGGCUCAAUCAGUACGGACCUUUUGAAGCAGUUGUUGAUGGAGCAAAUGUGGGACUUUUGGACCAAAGAGAGUUCAACCCAUCCAAGAUCAAUGUCAUUGCAAAUGGAAUUCGCCAGAUGCUUCCUUCUAAAAGGUGGCCUCUUAUUGUCUUGCAUAAUAGGAGAGUUUCUGGAGAUAAGAUGCAAAAACCAUUUGACAGAGCACUUAUAGAGAAGUGGAGAGCUGCUGGUGCACUCUAUGAAACACCUACUGGUUCAAAUGAUGAUUGGUACUGGCUAUAUGCAGCUAUAAAGUUCAAGUGCUUAAUUGUGACAAACGAUGAAAUGAGAGAUCAUUUGUUUCAAUUACUUGGAAAUGACUUUUUCCCGAAGUGGAAAGAGAGACAUCAGGUGCAUUUUGGUUACUCGAGAACAAGUCCACUAAUCUGCAUGCCUCCCAAAUACUCUGUUGUAAUCCAGGAGUCAGAAAAAGGUCACUGGCACAUUCCCAUUGUCUCCGAACUUGGGUCUGAAGAAACAAAAAGAACCUGGUUAUGUGUUACCCGCCGGACCAGCACAAUUCAGGCAUCCAAAAACUCUCCUAAUCUGCCUAGAGCAUCAGAAUCAGAAGUUCUUCAGAAACUCAAUGCUGCAGAGAUGCUUGGCAAUUGCGUAAUCGAUUUCCAAAUAUAAAACUGAUGAUUGAGGCCGGGUUUCAUUGAUUGUUGCUGCUGAGGUUGAUGAGAAAAAUAUGAGCUAUGGUUUCACGAUUUCGUUCCAUUCUUUGCCACCGGAGAAACCACAUUAAGAAUAUAAUCAAACUCGUAACGGGGUUUCUUGAUGAACAUGUUUAUGGGAGUUGAACUAUAUAUAUAUUGUUCAUUACGUUUUGAUCAUUUAGCCGCAGAAAGAAAGAGGUGGUGUUUAUAAUUUUAUAUAGGCUGCGUCUGGUAUGAUUGAAUUCAAAUGGUCUGUUUUGGUUUACGAUUUUUUACUAAAGUUAUUUUCAAUGU